AUGUCGGCUUCGGCCCGCCGGCUGACGUGCCUUGUGAACGUGGGACAGGCUCACGUGGUGCUGGUUCAAGAGGCCCGGAUUGGGUCUCCUCUGGUCAUGAUUUCUGCUGAACUGGGUUUAGAGUCAGUCGAUCCCGACAUUUAUCAACUCUGUAAAGAGGAGGAACUACGUCAGCGGAAUUGUAUCGAGUUAAUUGCUUCCGAGAACUUUGCCAGCAAGGCUGUUCUGAGUGCCCUUUCUUCAGCUUUUCACAAUAAAUACUCAGAAGGAGUAGUUGGUUCAAGAUACUAUGGUGGAGUUGAUGUUGUCGAUGCGAUGGAGUCGUUGUGCAUUAAAAGGGCACUGAAAUUGUUCAAACUGUCUCCUGAGGAUUGGGGUGUGAAUGUGCAACCCUAUAGCGGAUCUCCAGCAAACAUUGCGGUCUAUGUGGGCUUGGUCGGACCUCAGGGACGCAUCAUGGGUCUUAAUCUCCCCGAUGGUGGUCAUCUCACUCAUGGGUUUUUUACUCCGAGUGGGAAGAAGUUGUCGGCCUCCUCGAUGUUCUUUGAGUCGAUGCCAUAUUGCGUAGACAUAGAGAGUGGCCUAAUUGAUUUCGAAGCGUUGGCAGCCAGUGCAAAGCUCUUUCGACCUCGUCUUAUUGUCGUUGGUGCCAGUGCUUACCCACGUCAGCUGGACUACCCUAGGUUUCGCCAAAUCGCCGACUCUGUGGGCGCUCUGAUGCUGGUAGAUAUGGCACACAUAAGCGGCCUCAUUGCCAGCGGUUUACAUCCCUCACCCUUCGAGUAUGCCGACGUCGUCACUACAACGACGCAUAAGACCCUUCGUGCCGCACGUGGGGCUAUGAUCUUUUUCCGUCGGCGCAGACUUGAGGGCGAUGGACCCAUCUACAUGGAGACAGAUUUUGAACGACGUAUCAAUGACGCUGUUUUUCCUGGAGUGCAGGGCGGUCCCCACAACAAUAACAUUGCUGGUAUCGCAGUGGGGUUGCACGAGGCUCUUCAACCCGAAUUCAAUCAGUACAUCCAUCGUGUUGUUGAGAACAGUAAAUACCUUGCAGCGCUACUUCAAGGCCUGGGAUAUACGAUAACAACUGGUGGUACCGAUACACACCUCUUUUUGAUGGACUUUCGACCGCUCAAACUGGAUGGAGUUCGUGUCUCUACGGUGCUGGAGGCGAUCGGCAUCACUGUGAAUAAAAACACUGUCCCCGGCGACGUGAGCGCUAUUCGUCCCAGUGGCAUUCGCAUUGGGACGCCAGCGGUAACCUCCCGCGGCUUCGACUUGGAGGCGAUGAAACGGGUUGCAGAGUUCAUUCAUGCCGGAGUGCAGAUAGCUUUGAGGGUUGCUGCCGGCCUUAAAACCUCCGCGAUCAAGGAAUUCCAGUCCGCUCUGACACUCAACCCUGAAGUACAGGCCGAGAUAAGGAAAAUAAGGAGAGAGGUUACCGAAUUUGCCGCUUCUUUUCCUCUGCCGGGAUUCUGA